CAAAUUGGCCCAUUCACGAAUGAGUACAAAGAAUGAUUGAAGGAAGUAGGGAACCAUCAUCAGUCGUUCAUCGCUAAGUAACUGCAAUUUUAGUUUUCUGGGAAUCAGAAAUGGAGAGUGGUCUGAUAUCAGUGGAUCGAUGGAGAGAUGGGAGUCAAGCCUACUUCUUGACUCAUAUGCACUCUGAUCACACGCGUGGCCUCUCCGGCGACUGGUCUCAAGGUCCUCUCUACUGUUCCCGCACCACCGCCUCUCUCUUUCCCUCCCGAUUCCCAGGAUUCGACCUCUCAUUGCUUCGCGUCGUCCCUCUCUCUUCCUGGUCAUCUCUCUCCCUCCGUUCCCCUUCCUCCGGCUCCACCGUCCGUCUCCAUGUCAUGGCCAUCGAUGCUCACCACUGUCCUGGUUCCGUGAUGUUUUUGUUCCGUGGUGAUUUCGGAUGUUUUCUCUACACCGGAGACUUCCGCUGGGAUGCUGAUGCAGCAGAUGAAGCUAGAACCACUCUCCUUGAUGCUAUUAACGAAUCACCAGUUGAUAUUCUCUACUUGGAUAACACUUACUGCAAUCCAAUUUACAGCUUCCCUUCUCGUCAAGUCGCUGCGAAUCUGGUUGCUGAUAUAAUCGCCACCCAUCCUUCACAUGAUAUCAUCAUAGCAGUUGACUCUUUGGGGAAAGAAGACUUGCUUGUUCAUGUUUCUCGUAUUCUCAAUAUCAAGAUUUGGGUUUGGCCUGAGCGUCUUCGUACAAUGCAUCUCCUUGGGUUUCAAGACAUUUUCACUACUGAUACAUCUCUUACAAGAGUGCGUGCUGUCCCUCGUUAUAGUUUCAGCAUUCAGACUCUCGAGGGGCUGAAUACCAUGUGCCCAACUAUUGGUAUCAUGCCUUCCGGUCUUCCAUGGGUGAAAAGGCCUUUCAAAGGAGUUGGCAAGCUCUCUGGUUCUUUUCUUACUGCAAGUAUGAAGAAUGAAACCAUUUCUGCUCAGAAAGAAUUACAAGCGGCUGCGGUGCAUAAGUUCAAUGACUAUAUGUACUCGGUGCACUACUCUGAUCAUUCAUGCUAUGAGGAGAUUGGAGAGUUCAUAAAACUUGUGAAGCCAAAGAGCAUGAAAGGAAUUGUUGUUUCAUCAUCAUCUUAUGUUGACCCUCUCUACUAUUUUGGGCGUAUCUGCGGAGCCAACCAACCGCCACAAGUGCUUCUUAUGAGGCCGGAUACCGCAGAGGAAUUUCGAGCUGUUAGGAUCAAGUCAUAUUCUGCAAGUGACAAGACUAGAGUGUUAGCAAAGCGGAAAAGGUGGAAUCGAGAUAGUCAUUCAAGUUUGAAGAGAAACAAGAAGAGAGCACGUAUACAAGUAAAGUGCGCAAAAAUUGUCGAGGUUGAUUAGCUCGCUCUACUUGACUCUGGAUUUUGUCUAACAUGGAUGUGGCGGCUUCUUUAUCACAAAGCUUACGAUGGUAACUGUGUGAAUUGUCUGAUACACAAUCCUUUUGAAUGGGAGGAGUAAGUAAAAUUUUGAUAACAUAUAACAAUUUAUCAGUUGAAUAUAAAGUCUCUAUCGUUGAAAAGGUAAGCAGUUGUUUGUAUAUGUUUAGUUUGAAAAGAUCCUGAUUUUAAAUUCAGAAAACACUUGGUCAAUGUUUU